AUGCCUCAAAACGAGUAUAUCGAACAACAUAUCAAGCAACAUGGUCGUAGACUGGAUUACGACGAGCGCAAGCGUAAGAGAGAAGCAAGAGAAGCGCAUCAAAUUUCUACAAAGGCUCAGAAGUUAACUGGUUGGAAAGGUAAGCAAUUUGCUAAGAAACGUUAUGCUGAGAAGGUUGCUAUGAAGAAGAAGAUAAAGGCUCAUGAGCAAUCCAAGGUUAAGGGUGACUCUAAGCCAAUGAAUGAUAAUGGUGAAGCUUUACCUACAUAUCUUUUGGACAGAGAACAAACAAAUACUGCGAAGGCCAUUUCAUCAUCCAUCAAGCAGAAAAGACUGGAAAAAGCAGAUAAAUUCAGUGUUCCUUUGCCUAAAGUCAGAGGUAUCAGUGAAGAAGAAAUGUUUAGAGUGGUUAAGACUGGUAAAUCUAAAUCUAAAUCAUGGAAGAGAAUGAUUACGAAGCACACUUUUGUUGGUGAAGGUUUCACCAGAAGACCGGUAAAAACUGAAAGAAUCAUCAGGCCAAGUGCAUUAAGACAGAAGAAGGCUAAUGUCACUCAUCCAGAAUUAGGUGUCACUGUUUUCUUACCGAUAUUAAGUGUCAAGAAAAAUCCUCAAUCUCCAAUGUACACACAAUUAGGUGUCUUAACCAAAGGUACGAUCAUCGAAGUCAAUGUUUCUGAAUUAGGUAUGGUUAGUUCUGGUGGUAAAGUUGUCUGGGGUAAGUACGCACAAGUUACAAAUGAACCUGAAAGAGAUGGUUGUGUUAAUGCUGUCUUACUUGUAUAG